AUGAAGACCUGCAUAGUAUUUAUUUUCCUACUGGCUGCAGCAUUCCCUUUAUCUGUCGAAAAUAAUCGUCAUGGAAAACAUAGGACUUCCCACAAGGCCAAAGACAAGGACAUUGCCGUUGAGGAGGCCAACAAGGCACCAGUCUUACCCACGUUAGUGACUGUUGAAGCCAGAAAUCAGGAGCAGGAAGAAGGGGAAGCGAGCGCAGAAGACAACGCUAACGCCGAGAAAAAGCACAGCAAAUUUGAAAGGACAAAGGAUAAAAGCGAGGCGGUUCUAUUGAGUCAGGAGGAACUUAAUGACCUUCUCCAGAAGGAAACAGCAGAAGAAGAAGAGAUGAAUGAAGAAGGCACCACAGGUGUAGAUGAAGAGGAGUUCAGACAAACAGCGGAAGUGCAAGAAGAAAAGUUGGAAAUGAAGCAAGAGGAGCGUGUCCAAAACAAGAGUGCAGGAGGUGGUGAAAUGUUGAUGAAUGAACAUAAAGAGUCAGAAGAUGAGAUGGAACUCAAGGAACAUGAAGAAGAAGCUACUGGAGGAGAACAUGCUGCUUUGUUAGAAGAAUCUGAAGGCAGCACAGAGUCCAAGAUACUGUCCAGUCUUGACUACGCUGGUGACAGCGCAAUUGUGCCACCACUACGGCUAAUGCUAGCCAAAGUGCAAGCCCUCAGAGAUGACGUAAAGCCCGUUUCUACAUCAGAUAACAAAGAGGAUAAAUAUGAUGGCGGAGUUAUAAAUGAUGAUGUGAUGCAAAACACAGAAGGGGCAGAAUACCAUGGAGCAGCAAGUCGGGAUCAGAUUCAAGACAACAAAGCCAAAGACUCAGAGACAAAGCUGGCUGGAAAGGAUGAGGAGAAGAGUGAGGAUGAGAGUGGAACUAAUGCCAAGGGAAAGACAAGGAGACCAAAGAAGAACCAAAGUGCUAGGAAACACUUGCCGCAAAUGGAGGAAAAACAAGUUGAGCAGGAGCAGAACCAAGAGGUGCCUCAGGAGAUGCAGGGAGGACACGAUAACAGCACAGCCCAGAAGGCAAAGAGGAGAAGAGCAGGACAAUGGGGCCCUUUAGUAGGUGUGAACCCAGUGCAGAUAAGGGCCAAAGUGGAUCUCUACCCGAGUGCCAGGCCCUCACCUCCCCCAGAAGCCCCUCCUGAUCCAUGCGAUAACUUCCGCUGCAAGCGUGGGAAAAUGUGUAAGCUUGAUAAAGAUAAUAAGCCAAAUUGUGUAUGCCAGGAACCUUCGGAAUGUCCCUCCAGUCUGAAUGAUUUUGAUCAUGUUUGUGGGACAGACAACAAGACGUACAACACAUCGUGUGAACUCUUUGCCACUAAAUGCAAUCUGGAAGGCACCAAAAGGGGACACAGACUUCAUCUGGACUACACAGGACCAUGCAAAUUGAUACCGCCAUGUGUGGACACAGAACUGGUCCAGUUCCCGCUGCGAAUGAGGGAUUGGCUGAAAAAUGUGCUGCUGCAGCUUUAUGAACACGACUCCGUGUCCCCCGGCUACCUCACCUCCAAGCAGCGAUUCAGAGUGAAGAAAAUCUUUGAGAGCGAGAGACGUCUUCGUGCUGGUAAUCACUCUGCCGAGCUACUGGCUCAAGACUUUGAGAAGAACUACAACAUGUACAUCUACCCAGUCCACUGGCAAUUUGCUCAACUGGACCAGCACCCCUCUGACAGGGUCUUGUCCCAUUCAGAACUGGCCCCGCUCCGGGUCCCUCUGGUCCCCAUGGAGCACUGCACCUCUCGCUUCUUCCAGGAGUGUGAUGCUGACAAGGACAAGCAGGUGACCCUUACAGAGUGGACCUCCUGUUUUGGCAUCAAGAAUAAUGACAUUGAUGUCAACCUUCUGUUCUAAGCCUCACUUUGUAGCUCAUUGACAGCGUCACCACAUGACAUAUGCUCC